AAAAGAAAAGAUAUAUGAAGCAAUAAUGAAAUAAAUAAACAUUAGUAAAGCAUUGGUGGUCAACCCCAUCAACCACUCUUCUCCUCUGCCCCCAGUCCAUCAUCUCUGCUUCUGGAAUCGGAAAAAGCUUGAAGAUGGCUCACAGCCGCUGGAUCAGGCCUGAGGUGUAUCCACUGUUUGCAGCCAUGGGGGUUGCUGUGGGAAUCUGCGGCUUUCAGCUGGUUCGCAAUAUCUGCAUCAACCCUGAAGUCCGGGUGAACAAGGAGGGUAGGGCUGCCGGGGUUUUGGAGAACUUCGCGGAGGGACAGAAGUAUUCGGAACAUGCACUGAAAAAAUUUGUUCGGAACAGGCGACCGGAAAUCAUGCCAUCGAUCAACAGCUUCUUCACGGACCCACAAAAUUAAGAACUAUGGUUGGCUUUGAAUGUAUGGAUCGGAGUGGGGAAGAACCUAAAUGCAUCUCAUGUCUUAAUCCAUGAUCUGUUUGCUCAUGUUGUGCCAGAGAUGUUUGUCUUGUGUGUAAGAUGUGGUGUGUGUUGUGUAAGAAUGAUGGAAUCAUGGAUAUUAAUUGCUACCUUAUGCUGAUGUUGAGGAGUGGUUUUGUUGAGAUGCUAUCGUUGUUUGUGUUCAA